CCUGCUUGUCAAAAUUUGUACAAGAACUCUUUUACCUAUCAUUUUGUGCAGUAUGAUCUAAAGCUGUUGUUUGAUGAUGCGAUUCAGUUUUUACUUGAGUCCUCACUACUCGAGUACUACAAUAUAGUUUUCUAUUCUUCAUCACGUAUUGCUUACCAGUUAAGUCAUUACUUACUCAAGAGUUGGAGCUCGACAGAGUCGGCUCUUAGCCUGAUGACCUAUCUACCAACUCCCACACGUGACCGCCAUAAAAGUCGAAGAACCGCCAUCCCCGAAUCUCGUGCGGCAAGUCUUGCACUCGUUUCAGAGCUCAUGAGUCUUCUUUGUCAAGGGCUCUACCUCAUGGGUACCAAGAUGGGAUCGAAGUACUUGUUUUCGAUCCCGCCUGAAUUUAUGGCCGAAGGUGAAAGCAACGAAAUCAACUACAUGUACGAUACGAUAACGCUGCUAAUC